GGGAAACGGCGGCCAGACUUCCCCGGGAAGGGGCGAGCGAGAGCCGGGCCGGGCCGCGGGGCCGGGAAGCGCCGAGCCGGGCAUCUCCUCACCAGGCAGCGACCGAGGAGCCCGGCCGCCCACCCCGUGCCGCCCGAGCCCGCAGCCGCCCGCCGGUCCCUCUGGGAUGUCCGUAGGACCCGGGCAUUCAGGACGGUAGCCGAGCGAGCCCGAGGAUGGGACGGCACCCGCAGCUCCGUCUCGUCAAGGCCCUUCUCCUUCUGGGGCUGAACCCUGUCUCUGCCUCCCUCCAGGACCAGCACUGCGAGAGCCUGUCCCUGGCCAGCAACAUCUCAGGACUGCAGUGCAACGCAUCCGUGGACCUCAUUGGCACCUGCUGGCCCCGCAGCCCUGCGGGGCAGCUAGUGGUUCGGCCCUGCCCUGCCUUUUUCUAUGGUGUCCGCUACAAUACCACAAACAAUGGCUACCGGGAGUGCCUGGCCAAUGGCAGCUGGGCCGCCCGCGUGAAUUACUCCGAGUGCCAGGAGAUCCUCAAUGAGGAGAAAAAAAGCAAGGUGCACUACCAUGUCGCAGUCAUCAUCAACUACCUGGGCCACUGUAUCUCCCUGGUGGCCCUCCUGGUGGCCUUUGUCCUCUUUCUGCGGCUCAGGAGCAUCCGGUGCCUGCGAAACAUCAUCCACUGGAACCUCAUCUCCGCCUUCAUCCUGCGCAACGCCACCUGGUUCGUGGUCCAGCUAACCAUGAGCCCCGAGGUCCACCAGAGCAACGUGGGCUGGUGCAGGUUGGUGACAGCCGCCUACAACUACUUCCAUGUGACCAACUUCUUCUGGAUGUUCGGCGAGGGCUGCUACCUGCACACAGCCAUCGUGCUCACCUACUCCACCGACCGGCUGCGCAAAUGGAUGUUCAUCUGCAUUGGCUGGGGUGUGCCCUUCCCCAUCAUUGUGGCCUGGGCCAUUGGGAAGCUGUACUACGACAAUGAGAAGUGCUGGUUUGGCAAAAGGCCUGGGGUGUACACCGACUACAUCUACCAGGGCCCCAUGAUCCUGGUCCUGCUGAUCAAUUUCAUCUUCCUUUUCAACAUCGUCCGCAUCCUCAUGACCAAGCUCCGGGCAUCCACCACGUCUGAGACCAUUCAGUACAGGAAGGCUGUGAAAGCCACUCUGGUGCUGCUGCCCCUCCUGGGCAUCACCUACAUGCUGUUCUUCGUCAAUCCCGGGGAGGAUGAGGUCUCCCGGGUCGUCUUCAUCUACUUCAACUCCUUCCUGGAAUCCUUCCAGGGCUUCUUUGUGUCUGUGUUCUACUGUUUCCUCAAUAGUGAGGUCCGUUCUGCCAUCCGGAAGAGGUGGCACCGGUGGCAGGACAAGCACUCGAUCCGUGCCCGAGUGGCCCGCGCCAUGUCCAUCCCCACCUCCCCAACCCGUGUCAGCUUUCACAGCAUCAAGCAGUCCACAGCAGUCUGAGCUGGCAGGUCAUGGAGCAGCCCCCAAAGAGCUGUGGCUGGGGGGAUGACGGCCAGGCUCCCUGACCACCCUGCCUGUGGAGGCGACCUGUUAGGUCUCAUGCCCACUCCCCCAGGAGCAGCUGGCACUGACAGCCUGGGGGGCGCCGCUCUCCCCCUGCAGCCGUGCAGGACUCUAGCUCACGAGUGGAAAGUCACCUACAGGACUGGGCCGGGCCCAGGGCCUCUGGCUUCCCUGCCCAAUCCUCCCUGGAGAAGGGACAUGGGAAUGAAUGGAAAUGGGGUGCUGGACACCUACAGCAGCACGCAUGUCCCUCCAAGGCUGUCUUCUCCCAGAGCACAAGAAGGCCAGCCCACUGGGGCCUGGGGCUGCCCUCGGCAACCGUGGGGAGGCCAUUUGCUGCCCCGGGGCAUCAUGGGCAACUCGUGACAGCCUCUGACUCACCACGAUGACGCCUCUGGACCUCGGUGAUGCCUUCCGACACCACUGGGAACCAAGGGCCCUCGCUCAGGAACCCUGGAGACAGAAGUCAGGUGUCAACAUCAGACGUGCGGCCACAGCACUAGAGUCACCCCCCCCAGGCCUCCAGAACCUCACUGGCACUGUGGCACUGCCACCAGCAAUGCCCUGCCUUGCUGCCUUCACCCUGAACAUUUACUACCCUGCAGGCCAGGCCAGCUUCCCCUCACUUAACCACCCCACACCAGUCACCUCCUGCUCCUUUUCCUCUUUUGUGAGAAGAUGGGGGCUGGAGGGGUCAGAGUGGCCUGUGAGCAAGAGCCAGGGGUGUCCCCGUCCCAGCCUCUGGGGCAGAGCUUGUAGCCCUGGAUAGCCUCUGGGGCAGGACCACUAGCUAAGCAAGCCAGGAGAAGACCCCUGCCCAAGUGGCUCUUGGGACAACGUGCUGCUUACACUCCAGGUGUGGACCGGCCGCAGCCCCCACUGACCUGCCCAUGUCCAGAGGGACUGGACAGCCAGGGCAGGGCUUUGAGGGGCACUAGAAGAUGAGGGUGUCGGCUGUGAGGCGGGUGGCUGGUAUAAAUAAUAUCUUUUCAACCAGCAUUUGUGAAGGCCUAGACUCCACAGGGGGCUGGAUGGAGAGGGUGUCUCACAGAGGUGGGGGCUGAUUCCCAGCUUUCAGGGGCUGCUGUGUUGCUGAGAAAUCUGACCCCACUCUCACCCCGGCAAGGAUGGUGCCAGGAGAGCCCCUGAGGGCCGGGAGAGGGGUGAGGGCGGAGGGAGGGCUUCGAGGAACAGGUGGGUCCGGCCAGGGCCCCCUUAGUUAGGGACAGCUUGUUGUGAGGAGGUGAAUUAGAGGGAGAGGAGGACCACGGUUAGGGAUGCAGAGGAGGGACACCAUGGGUCAGGGGAAGGAACAAGGAGACGGGAGUGUGUCCCAGCCCCAGGCAGGAGCUGAGCUGAGGGGUGGGAAGCAGAAUUAGGAUGCUGGGCCACUGGACAGGCUGUGAAUGCAGCUGUCUCCACUAGGGCCGCCACAAGAAGCCAUCCCUGAGACCCUGAGGCUUCUUGUGCAAACUCGAGGGAAGGGGAGUACAGAGAGGGCAACAGGGAGUGAAGCCAGGCAAGGAAGGCAGGGGAAAGGUGGGGGCUAGAGGGGGACACGGUAGCCUGUGAGCAAGAGACAGGUAUGCCCCAGCCCUGGCCAGUGCCGCUCUGAGGUGGGUGGCACACUCAGGCUCCCCUGGCUUGCUGGCUUCAGUGCCCCCAACUCUGGGCCAGAGCUUGUAUAGCCCUGGGUGGCCUCUGGGGCAGGACUGACACUCCAACACUGUUGUGGGCGCCUGGAGCUCCCUUCCGCUGGGGAAGCCCUCCCUCAUCCCACCCAACAGGUGAGGGAGCUGGGGUAUUUAUCCACCAUCUCCCAUCAGCUGCGGGUUGAGGGCUGCUCCCAGGGGGACAUGAACUCUUCUGCAUUCCCACAUCAGGCUACAGAGGGCCAGAGAGAGUUCUCCGGCACAGUGAUGUGCAGGUGGGUGGAAGCCAGUGUGUGCUGCAUUGGAGGGGCAGGGGGUGUGGGUGGAACACCAGAACUGGACACAGGGCCCCACUGCAGCCCGGGCCUUGUCUCUGGGUCUCUCUAACCAGGGAGGAGAGCCCCGUGGGUGGGACGUGUGUAUACACAUGUGCACUUGUGCCCCCAGGCGCACACAAGAGCUUGCAGUGUCAGGACACCAGGAACAGACAAAGGUGACACAGUGCCGAAAGGCCCGCAGCUCCUGCUGAGGGAGGGCACGUUUCGUUGGGGAGGGCCUGGGCCCGGGUGUAGCUAAGGAUAUCCUUGAAGGCCCUAUGGGGUACUCUGCUCUGCCAAUUCUCCAAGCUCUGUGCCCUGAAGUAGAGAGAUGGGGUGGGGGACCCAGGGAGCACCGUGACAGAGGUAGGCUGGAGGCUUCCAGAGCAACGUGGGGGAUAUUGUGGGGAGUGGGAAGAAGCCCAGUAAAGGGUCCUGGCUGCCUGGAGAGACUAGAAGUGACCUGAGUCUCUAAUGGCCACAACGGAGACAGCUUUCCCAACUCUGCCUCUCACCCAGUGAAGGUGGAGAAGUGAGAAGGCGAGGCUUUCCCGAGACAAUGCCAGUGGGGAUGGGAUGAGGGUCGCACCGCAGGGGUGGAGGAGCCGAGAGGGUGGGGGUGAGGGGAAGACAGGGAAGGGACGGUACAGACCAGGAAGUGUGGAUAAGCCCAGCCAGGCCGCACCCCGCUUUCCUGAGUGGGCUUCCUGGCUGCUCUCACUGCCAGGCACCUUCUGGGCACCUACUGUGUGCUCAGCACUGUGCUAGGUCUUGGGUGAGAGAUGAGCAGCCACCCAGGGGGGACCCCAGGGACCCCAAAAAAAACACAAAGCUCAGAGCCUCUGGCUCUGGAAGGCCACCAAGAGGACAGCUCCAAGACAAGUCUGGGGGUCAUCGGAGAAGCUGGAGGCGGAAUCCCUGGGCAGGCAGAUGGAGCCUGGGGCUCCCCUCCCAUUGAGAGAAUCUGAGGGCGGAGGGGCUGCUUCAGGGAACAGCCAGGAACAUCUGAGCCUCAGAACCUGCAGCCCAGAGGCCCAGAGUUCUAUCAUCUCCCAUGGCAGACAUGCGCUCUGGGCUUCGUCGCAGAGAAGGCAGCCCUGAGACCAGGCAUCUGGGCCAUUCUGCUCAGGAAUCAGCUUGGGGUGGCGAGGCCCUUGUGGGAGUGAGUGGGGUGUGAUGAGCCGAAAAACACACAUGCGACUACACAAAGUUGGGGGAGCCACUGGGGACCCUCCAAGCUGCAGUGGUGGGGGAAGGUCGCUGGAGGCCCUCCCAGACCCGGAAGACCUCAUGCCUGGAAGAAUUUCUCUCCACACCAUGCCUAAAGGCUGCGGUCCCCUAAUGCUACCCCCACCUGAGCCCAUUUCUCCUUGACGUCCUCCUUCAUGGGCACAGAACAGUAGUGGAGGAAAAGCCCCACUGUUUUUCCAGUUCAGGCCACCCCCUCCCCGUCCCUUAGUGUGACAGCACAGCCCCUGCCCAGAGGUCCUCAGCCUCCCCUCCAGGCCUCCUUCUCUAGCCCCCUGCUACUGACGGCUCAGCUCUCCCGGGACCAGGACUGGGUGGAGAGUCAGAUGGGGAAAACCAUGUGUUAGCAGAUGAGGUGGGUUUGGAAUCCAUAGAAUAAUACCUUCAUUGUGGGUAUUGUAGAUUACUUUGCCAUCCACAAACAUCCUUAUAACAUUUGUCUUUUUUUUUUUUUUUUUAAUACGUGGGUAAAUCUCUGUUCGGGGCUCUCAGCUCUGAAGGCUGUGAGACCCCUGAUUUCCCACUUCACAUCUCUAUAUUUCUGUGUGUGUGUCUUUAUUUAUUUAUUUUUAUUAUACUUUAAGUUCUAGGGUAAUCCUCAACUAGCCCACAGAGGUAGUAACCCACCUGUUUUGCAGCCAGGGAAACUGAGGCCUGGCAGCUCCCCUGAGAUUGAAGGUCUGGUUCCAAGUCUAAGGCUUUUUUCACCCCUCAGUGAACUGAAGGGGCUUGGGUUCUGGGAGGCCAGAACCAAUGAAGAGCUCUGUGGCAAGAGGGCAGCAAGGAGGCCUCAGGGUCUCCGUGAUCUGGGACGUGCCCCACGUGAAGAUGGGACUUCCCCAAAGAUGGCCCCACCAGUGUCCAGCCGCCGAGCAAUGAGAGUUCUGUGGAUCCAGCAUCUCCUUCCCCAGCUUCCUGACAUCCUCCACCCCCCAACUCCUUAAAAUGAUGCUUAAUUUCAAACAAUGCAGCCGGGGCCACCAUCAGCCACAGUGGGCCCCCCUACACCCCAGCCAAGGAGUGUGCUGCUGGCCUCCAGCCCAGGGGUACCUCAGAGCCAGCUCAUCCAAACUGCCAACUGACUUCAAACUCAGCUGCCCACACUUGCUUCAAACCGAGGAGAAUGCUUUCUACAAUUUGCUAACAGCAACACUGAUCAUUAUUGAUUGUUUACCGGGCAUCAGGUGCUGCUUAGCCCCUCACAUGUUUAUCUCAUUGACUCUUUAUACUGCCCUAUGAGGCGGGGCUGUUAUCCCCAUUUAACAGAUAAGGCAAAUAAAACCCAGAGAGGUUAAGAUACCUGCCUGAUGGCACCCACGGAUGGAUGAAAAGCCAGGGAGGCCACACUAGGCCUCCGUGAAGCUUAACCCCUAUGCAGUGGGAGUUCUUAGUAAGGCUGUCCUCCCAGCCCCACUGCCCCUUCCAAUCCCCUCCCCAGGGAAAUCCUUCCAUCCCCAGUCUGUGGUCAAACAGCAUUCAGAGAUGAGCUAGCUGAAGGAAUUGGAGCCUGCGGAGCGUGGGCCUCGGGCAGCCCACUCCCCAAAUCUGGCCUCCAAGCCAGCUCCACCUGCCAGUCUCCCGUCCCCAGCCCCAUCCCAGCUCUACCUCAGAGCAUCACCUCCCACCCCUGCCCUCAGCUCACCAACACCUGCAGGUCCUGCUGGCAGACCAGGCUCAAGAGAGGCCUGGGCCAUAUAUAUUUAUCAAAGCUCUCAGUGGCUUGGGAACACCAAUGAGACUAUUAUUUGGAGAUAAGGCCAGAGACCACCCUUGGCUGCCAGAUAGCAGCCCUACCGGCUUCUGUCCCUCCAAGGGGUCCUUGACUGAUCCCUGCUGCCCAGCCUCAUUGCCCAUAGGGCCAAGGCAGGUAGAGCAGAAGAAGGGGUGGUGGCCUCUUAGGUGCCUAAGGAGCCCAGGUUGGGGGCACGGCAGGCAUCAGCUAGGGUGAGGGGGCAUGGGGGCAGCAGCUGGUGGGCCUGCCUGGCUCAUCCUCAUCACAGGGGAAGGGGGAGGGAGUGGAUGGCAAUCCACUCUAGAACAUGCAGCGGGGAAGCUGCUGGGCAGGGCAGCAAGGGCAGGUGAGGGGCCAGGUGAACUAGGCCCCUUCCCCACCCUUCCUGAGACCUGCUGCCUGGGGCCUGCUGGCCCUGCUGCCCUGUGUGUUGAAGAUAAAUGUUCCAGCUGCACCUAGGUCCUCAAGUAGAAGGCAGAGACACUACCCCAGCCUGCUCUGGGCAGCCACCCCGAGAGCCCAGGCCAUAGCUGAGGGGGCAGUAGGGUGGGGGGAGGGAGGGGGAGUUGUGGGGAGCAAAGUCACAGAUACAGGGGGUGCCCUCCAGGAAAGGAGUUGAAUCUGGAGUGGGGGUGGGGAGGGUGGUGGGACUGAAGUCUUGGAACAGGAUUUCAGCCUGGCAGUGGGCCAUGGCCCCAAGGGGCAUCAGCCACUCAUGUGAGGGCACUGACCAGUGCUCCGAGUGGCCACCAGAGGAAUGAUUCCAGGGCUGAUGGAUGGGGGUGGGCACAGGGAUGGGGGACCUGGGGAAGCAGUGAUCAAACAUACCCGCGAAAGCCUUCUGUGAGUGGGGUCCCAGGCAGAGUCUUGGAGGGAAUGAGCCUUCUGCGAAUUAUCUAGGCCCUGGGCAACCAGUCCACGGGUAGAUCUGGGAGAAGGGGCAGGAGCAAGCUCUGCUUGAGGUGUCUGUGCAGACCCCCAAAUUGGGGCAUGUGCUGGUGUGAUGGAGUCCAGAAGAACUAAAAUGAGACCUGUCCCGAGGAGAGAGCAGCUGGAGGGGACUGGAGUUGCUCCAUUUCGUCUGGGCGCUGUGGCUCACACCUGUAAUCCCAGCACUUUGGGAGGCCAAGGUGGGUGAAUCACUUGAGGUCAGGAGUUCGAGACCAGCCUGGCCAACAUGGUGAAACCCUGUCUCUCCUAAAAAUACGAAAAAUAGCUGGGCAUGAUGGUGGUGCAUGCCUGUAAUCCCAGCUACUCGGGAGGCUGAGGCAGGAGAAUCACUUGAACCUGGGAGGUGGAGGUUGCAGUGAGCUGAGAUUGUACCACUGCACUCCAGCCUGAGGGACAAGAGCGAAAUUCCAUCUCAAAAAAAAGUCCCAUUUCAACCAUGUUAGUGCACAAUUCAGUGACUUUAAAUACACAAUGUCGUGCAACUGAAA